AGUAUUGCAGGUAAGAACUACACAACCAAAGUGGAAGAAGUGCGAUCCGAACUACGAAAAGUUGGUGCAGACGCAAUGGUGGUCACAGCUUUAGACGAGAUAGCAUGGAUGCUGAACAUCAGAGGCAGGGACGUACCUAAUUCCCCGUAUUUACGAAGUUACGUCGUACUUGACAUGCAAAAGGUCUUUUUGUACGUAAACUCCAGCCAGUUGAAUGGUACAGUCAGGAGCCACUUGGGAAUAGGUUCCAGGAUCGUCAAAAGCGACUCCGUGUAGUAAGUAACAUUUGCGAGACUACGAUGACAUUUGGACGGAUCUAAGAACAGAAUCGCAGUAUUACAAAAAGAUCCUAGUUCCGUCUUACUGCGUAUACAGUGAAGGUGCUAGCCAUGCAAUCUACCAGCACAUUGAUCCUGAAAGAAGAUUGCCAAUGCAGUCUCCGAUCAUAUAUCUAAAAGCUUUGAAAAAUCAGGUGGAAAUCAAAGGAAUGCUAGAAGCCAAUGUGAAAGAUUCUGCUGCUGUGUGUGACUGUUUCGCGUAUAUCGAACAACGGAUUACAGAUGGUGAGAACUUCACAGAACUAGACGUAGUCAGAAUCCUGGAUGAAUACAGAUAUGAACAGAGACUAUCACUGGGCAACAGUUUUCGGACUGUAGUAGCGUUUGGUGAAAAUUCAGCUUACCCAAACUAUGAACCUACUAUAAAUACAAAUACCCAAAUUUUCACAAACAGCACAAUCGUUUUGGACUCAGGAGGGCAAUACUUUGGUGGCACAACGGACAUUACCAGAACACUGCACUUUGGUUCUCCAUCUGAUGACGUGAAAGAAGCUUAUACAAGGGUGCUAUCAGGAAUGAUCCAGCUGUCUAUGUUGACAUUCCCCAGCCGUUUGAAAAUGGCAAUGGUCGAUGUUGUGGCCAGAUCAGCUUUGUGGGAAGUCGGAAUGGACUAUUUCCAAGACACUGGUCAUGGCGUUGGAUCGUUUUUGGGCGUUAGAGAAUCUCCGAUCAAAAUCAACUUUAAUUCUAAAGUCAGUUCGGAACAAACAUUCAAACCCGGAUACUUCCUCUCAAAUGAGCCUGGAUAUUACAGAGACGGUCAGUUUGGAAUAAAGCUGGAAAACAUACUACAAGUUGUUGAUAAGCCAUGGUUAAAUCAUGGAGGACAUGCAUUCCUUGGAUUUAAAGUGAUAACCUUGGUUCCAUUUGAACCAAACUUGAUCAAACUGGAGUUGCUUUCACCUCAUCAGAGAAGAUGGCUGAACAAAUACAAUGAACAAAUUCGACAGCAUGUAGGAGCAGAAUUGAAGAGACAGAACCGGAUGCAUGGUUUCUAUUGGAUGAUGGAUAAAACUAAGUAUAUUCCAGAAAAUGGGAGUAGAAGCCUCAUCGCAAAUCUGUUGUUAGCUGUAACGAGCACUGCCUUUAUAUGCUUUGUAGUAUAAGAUAUUAUUUUUGUAUUGAAUAAGCUAUUAAUUUAUUAUAAAGGAAAUAUCGAAAAGAUUUAUAGUUUUUUACACCAUACUUGUUUUUUAUAGAUUAAAAAAUCACUGCACAUAUUUGUCUCAUUCAAUCAAUUACUGUGGAAUCAGCUGAUGCUAUUAAAAUAGCGAUUUGCAUAUGAGUACACUAUGUGG